GACCUAAUUGGAUCAGAGGCGUUCUGCGUUCGUAUCCUCGCGUUCUACUCUUUGUUUGUUCAAACACUGAAGCUUGUCACUGGAGAUUCUCGCGCAAGGAAAAGGACUAUUGACAGGAAGCUUAUCUCCUCUUCUUUUCCUCUUUGCUUCGGGAUAACUCCAUCUUCCAGAAAACAGCAUAAUGAAUUUUGGAACAUCACUAUGCCAAAGAUUGAAUAUAAAGCAUCUCGUUACCAGUACUCCUGUUUACAGCAGUGCCUCUGACGUCACGGGGGAAGGAUUGAGUUUGAUGUUCAGGCGCUGGGCUACUAAAAAACAAGCUGGAUCCUCAAAGAAUGGGCGAGACUCUUUACCUAAGAAUCUUGGAGUGAAGAAAUUCGGUGGAGAGAGAGUGAUACCUGGAAACAUCAUUGUUCGCCAGAGGGGCACCCGAUUCCAUCCUGGAAAUUAUGUUGGGUUAGGGAAAGAUCACACUCUUUUCGCUCUGAAAGAAGGCACCGUAAAGUUUGAAAAGCACAAGCUCAGUGGACGUAAGUGGGUGCAUGUAGAGCCCAAAGAAGGUCAUGUGCUUCACCCUAUAUAUGCGAAUGCUGCAGCAGCUGAGAUGGUGAAGACAGUCUGAGUUCUAGUUUUGUUUAGAUCUUUUGUUCAAACUUAUCUCCAGAUUAGACUCACCAUUCAAAAUUACUGGCAUUCCAACUGCCCACGGGUUUCUAUAAAUCAGUAACUCCUGAACGUAUGUUCAUUCAAGUUUUAUAUAUUUUUAGUUUGUAUCACCUAGGUUGUGGCUUUGCAGCCUUGCGGUACUCUUGAAUGUUGUCCACAGUGGUGUGGGUCAUUUUUGUAUUCCAGAAAAGUUCAACCAAAAUGUAGUCCUCUCCGGGAGAAAAUGACAUCCCAAAAGUGCUCCCCUUAAUCACUAUCAGCAAGUCAAAUUGAAUUC